AUGGAUUCAUCAUCACCACCACCACGACCACAAUCCUAUCAACCCACGUUGAGUCUACCACAACACCCAACUGAAAACGACGAUGAUCAACCAUCAACGGUAGUAGGGGUCCAUGGGGAUGGAGGAGUAGGAGAUGAUGCUCCUGCAGCAGCAGCAUCAUCAUCUAGUCGACCCAAGCGCCAAAAAUCACUUGUGCGUCCUGAAAGAGAACGCAUUGAUGAACACCACCGCCAAUAUCAUUAUCGACACCUUGCUAGUGCCACCAGUACCCGUGAUAGAAUUGAACCCAGCACCACAGGAAGUCGUCCUUCACGUUCAACGCCUAAACGCUAUACAUCUAGUAGAGGCAUUGAUCCCAAUGCACCUGUACGACGUGGCCAAAGUAUCCUAGGUCGGAAUGAAAAACGUGCCGAACAGGAUGAUGUAGUGGCUAGUGCUAUUGAUCUCUCCAUGUCAAAGUCUAAACGAAAGCGUUGUGGAUGCUCCAAUCUUUGGAUGACGUAUUGCCGCAUCAUCACUUGCUGCAUCCCUGGUCCUUUGCUACAACUUGCUGGUAUACCCAAAGGCCAAGCACAAAUGGCAUGGCGUGAAAAGAUUGGGUUGUUGUCAUUCAUCGCUUGUGUCAUGGGCUUUGUUGGGUUCCUGACAUUUGGAUUUACGCAAACGGUGUGCCCAACACCGCCAAUGACUGUUCAAGGAGGAGCUGUGAGCCCUGGCUACCUGAUUAUUCGUGGAUGGGCCUACAUGCUUGCUAAUUGGAACGCUCAUCCACCCAUCCCAGGACAAACAAGUGAUCCAACCAACAUCUUGUAUGCGCCUAUUGAUGCUGGUGGUAUGGAUGCCUCAUUCUUAUUUCAAGAACGUCGACCAGCAGUGUGUGAAAAUGUGUUCCCCCCUAAGCAACCAGCUUCAUCAAGUUGGGCAUCUCUUGGAGUAACCCAACAGACACCUACUACACCAGAGGUUUAUUUUCCAUGCCAAAUGUUCAAUCCAAAUGAUACAUCCACCAAGUCACUUGCCACCAGUACAUCAGCCUCACCAUGCCAUUUAUCCAACACAGCUCGUACAGCGCUUCAACAAUUCCAAACACAAGGUAUCCCAAAAGCUGAUGGCUCGGGAUUCGACAAGAUUGCACGCGUUUAUUACACUUGGGAAAGCAUCAACAGCACCGAUUUCUUAAUGGUGUAUAAUGGCGAUGUCCUCAACUUGAAAUUGCUUGAGCUUUUAUCAUCCACUCAAUACGAUAUCAAACCUGAUAGCCUUAUCUCACAAAUCCUUAACAAUCGCGCUGCUUUUGGUGGUCGUGACAUGACACGAUACAUUUCCACUAGCCGUCGUCAAGGGAUGAAUUGGGAACAGGAAGCCAAAUGCUUGGCAACGCUCAUCAAAGUUGGCUCCAUCGAUACACUUAGCAUUGGAUGUAUGGCUUCUGAGAUUGUAUUGUAUCUUUCUUUGGUUGUCAUUCUUGGUGUUAUCCUUGCACGCUUUUCGUUGGCUGUCAUUUUUGGCUGGUGUCUAAGCUGGCGUCUUGGCAACUUUAAGGAAGAGCGUUCUUAUACCGCACGUAUGCAACGUGAAGCCGAACUUGAAAGAUGGACACAAGAUAUUCAUACAGCUGCACCUCUCGGCAAUCGGCCUUCGGCUCCCGUACCCCCACAAAUGCGUAAACGAAGUUUGUUGCCUCAAACAUCACGUUUCACACAGCCACUUCCCAAUUCGACUCGCUUUGACGCCGAACGACCACCAACCCCUAUUUGGAAGACGCCAUCAAGCACCCUUGAGGAUUAUACUGUGCGCCGUUUUUCACAAUAUCAGCUAUCACCAUCGCCAUCACCAUCAUCACGCCAUCUUCCUGCAUUAAACGGCAACAACAUCACAUUGCCUGGUAGCACAUUUCGACGAUCAUCCAUUUCGUCAUCAGAGGCACAUAGCAACAGUGGAGGAGCCACCUUGAUACCUACACCAACAUGUCCAUAUCCAUUGUCACCACACGCAUUACCACAACCACCACAAGAUUACAUGCCAUUCAAUUAUCCACUUGCACAUACCAUUUGCCUUGUCACUUGCUAUUCAGAAGGCAUGGAUGGUGUACGUACUACAUUAGAUUCCAUUGCCACGAGCGAUUACCCCAACUCGCACAAGUUGAUUCUUGUCGUAUGCGAUGGCCUUAUUACAGGUCAUGGUGAAUCCAUGUCAACACCCGAUGUGUGCGUUGCCAUGAUGCGGGAUUUCCUUGUACCACCUGAUCAAGUAGAAGCUGGUGAUUACAUCGCUAUUGCUGAUGGUUCCAAACGCAACAACAUGGCCAAGGUGUACGCAGGCUUUUAUAAAUACGAUGAUGAAACGGUGGAUCCUGCACAUCAACAACGCGUCCCCAUGAUCACCGUUGUCAAGUGUGGUACACCAGCAGAAGCAGACGAAAAGAAACCUGGCAACCGUGGCAAACGAGACUCUCAAAUCAUCCUCAUGCAAUUCAUGCAAAAGGUGCUUUUUGAUGAGCGUAUGACAACGAUGGAAUAUACCUUUUUCAACAGCAUAUGGCAAAUCACAGGCAUUCCCCCUGAUCGAUACGAGAUUGUCCUCAUGGUUGACGCUGAUACAAAACUCUUCCCUGAUGCUCUCAGCCGAUUGGUCUCUUGCGCUGUCAAAGAUCCUGAAAUCACUGGUCUUUGUGGUGAGACGCGUAUUGCCAACAAGACACAAAGUUGGGUAUCGGCUAUUCAAGUGUUUGAAUAUUACAUCUCUCACCACCAGAGCAAGGCCUUUGAAUCGAUCUUUGGUGGUGUCACGUGUUUACCAGGUUGCUUUUGCAUGUAUCGAAUCAAGGCACCCAAGGGACCUAAUGGCUAUUGGGUACCUAUUCUUGCAAAUCCUGAUAUUGUGGAACAUUAUUCGGAGAAUGUCGUGGAUACCCUGCAUAAAAAGAACUUGCUGUUGCUUGGUGAAGAUCGUUAUCUUUCUACCUUGAUGCUCAAGACAUUCCCCAAUCGCAAGAUGAUGUUUGUUCCUCAAGCAGUAUGCAAGACCAUUGUGCCUGACACAUUCCGCGUAUUGCUAUCUCAACGUCGUAGAUGGAUCAAUUCCACCAUCCACAACUUGAUGGAGCUCGUAUUGGUGCAUGAUUUGUGUGGUACAUUUUGCUUCUCGAUGCAAUUUGUCGUGUUCAUGGAGUUGGUUGGUACACUUGCAUUACCUGCUGCCAUCUCUUUCACGCUGUACUUGAUCAUUCUUGCCAUCUUGGGACGCCCCGCUAUCAUUCCAUUGCUCUUACUUGCGUUGAUUCUUGGUUUACCUGCCGUCUUAAUUGUCAUGACAAGUCGCAAGAUCUUGUAUGUGGGAUGGAUGAUUGUAUACUUGUUUUCAUUACCCAUCUGGAACUUUGUGUUGCCAACAUACGCCUAUUGGCAUUUUGAUGACUUUUCUUGGGGCGAUACUCGCAAGGUCGAAGGCGGUGGCAAGGAUAAAGGUGGUCAUGGAGACAAGGAAGGCGAAUUUGAUGCAAGUCGUGCUACCAUGAAAAAGUGGAGUGAAUAUGAAAAGGAACGUCGAAUACGUCAAGCUGUCGAAAUGCAAAUGCCCAUUCCACGUUUCAAGUCGGAUAGCAUGUAUCUACCUUCGGAUGAUAGCCUCUUGCUCAAACCACCCUCACCCUAUUAUGCAUCCAGUGAGCCACGCUAUUCACCUCUUUCGGAAGAUCUCCAUGGUGAUUAUUUCCCUCCUCAACAGCAGCAAUCACUUACACCACCUACACCACAGCCACGCGCCUCUUUUCAUAAUAACAUGACUGCUGCUGCUGUUGCUGCUCAUCACCAUCCAUCAUCAUCUCCCCCUUCUUCAUCACCCUUACAACAUUCACCGUCUCCACCAUCUGCACCUCGUCGUGUCUAUGCUGCACAACGUAGAUCGACAAAUCGUGUGGAUGGCCCAUAA